CACCGCGAGAGAUCAUAUUUCUUCCUGAGAAUUCACCGGCGAACUGAUGGGCUUCAUCAUGUCACUGGUCACUGCCACUUUCAUAGCCCUUGCCUUGUGCUUCGCCCCUGCACCGGGCGCAGCGGCGACACUCUCGGCGCGGCGUCCGCUGCGGGGCAACGACACGCUGGUCUCGGCACAGGGCAAGUUCGAGCUCGGCCUGUUCAGCCCCGCUGGCAGCUCCGACGGCAGGCUCUACCUCGGAAUCUGGUACAAGAACAUCCCCGUCCAGACCGUCGUGUGGGUCGCCAACCGCGUGACUCCCUUGUCUACCGUCGUCUCUGCCGAGCUCCGUGUGUCCCCUGAUGACGGCAACCUCGAGCUCGUUGGUCCCACCAACGCCUCCGCCUCGCCGGUGGUCGUGUGGUCUUCGAACCUGUCGUCGUCGUCGCGCUCUAACACAGCAGAAAUCCGCGACAACGGCAACCUGGUCCUUGUGGACGGCGGCAACUCCUCCAACGUGAUGUGGCAGAGCUUCGACCACCCCACGGACACGCACAUCUCGGGGGCAUGGCUCGGUGAGAACAAGCUCACCGGCGAGUACCAGGCGCUGACAUCGUGGCGGAACGCCCAAGACCCCGCGCCGGGGAUGUUCACCGACACGGUGGACCCCAGUGGCACCAACGAUUUCCUCUUCAUGUGGAACCGGUCCCGUAUGUACUGGCACACCGGCGUCUGGACCGGCCGCAUCUUUGCGGCCACACCGGAGGCGACGAGAAACGACCUCUUCAACCAGACGUAUGUCGAUACGCCGGCAUAUCGGCGCGUCACCAACGUACUCUACGACAACGCGACCAUCACACGCACGGUGCUCGAUCUCACCGGCCAAGCAAAGCUGUACAUCUGGGUGUCCGCGAGCCAGAGUUGGCAACUCUUCUGGACGGCACCCACCGUGCAGUGCGACGUGUACGCGCUUUGUGGCACGUUCGGCAUCUGCGACCCGAGGAGCCAGCCGCCAUGCCGGUGCCCCUCCGGGUUUGCUCCGGUGGCUGGGGGGAACUGGUCUCUCAGCGACUGGAGUGGUGGCUGCCACCGGAGCAUACCGCUCACGUGUGCGCGCAACGGUUCGACGACAGACGGGUUCCUAGCGCUGCCGGAAGUGAAGCUCCCCGAAGACUCGCUCGCAGUGGCUGCCGCCCAGAGCAAAGCAGAGUGCAAGUCCACUUGCCAAAAGAACUGCUCUUGCCAGGCCUACGCCUUCUCGGCCAGGGGGUGUGCCCUCUGGCACGGGGAGCUCCGCAAUCUUCAGCAACUCUACAUGGACUCCGGCGUCUCUGGGUCAGACCUCUAUCUCCGGCUUUCAGAAACAGGAUUGCAAGAUCUGCAUGGCGCAGAGAGGAAGAAAUGGAGGAGAACAUUAUGUCUUGUUCUUGCCAUCCCAUUGGCCAGUGUUGCAGCAUUGGGCGCGACGGCCAUACUAGCCUGGAGGAUUCUUCUUGCUCGUACGAGGAGACUCGCUAGUACGACAAACGGGAAUGGUUGCUCAUUGGCCGUGUAUAGUUACGGUGACCUUCGUGCUGCCACGAAGAACUUCUCAGAGCGACUGGGUGGCGGCGGCUUCGGCUCGGUGUACCGCGGUGUCCUGGAGCAGCAAAAGGGAGACAACAGGACCCAUGUCCUGGUGGCGGUCAAGAAGCUGGAAAGCCUUGGACAAGGCGACAAGCAGUUUCGGACGGAGGUGAGCACGCUGGGCUGCAUCCAGCACGUGAACCUCGUCCGGCUCCUCGGCUUUUGCUCGUCCGGGGAGGAGAAGAUGCUCGUCUACGAGUACAUGCCAAGAGGCUCCCUCAACGGCCUCCUCUUUCGCGAUGGUGCGUGCCUGAGCUGGCAUGAUCGGUACUACAUCAUGGUCGGCGUGGCGAGAGGGCUGGCCUACCUGCACCUUGGCUGCCAUGAGUGCAUCAUACACUGUGACAUCAAGCCCGAGAACAUCCUGCUGGAUGAGGAUAUGUCCCCGAGAAUCGCCGAUUUUGGGAUGGCAAAGCUGGUUAGGAGGGACUUCAGUCGCGCGUUGACCACGAUGCGGGGCACCAUCGGGUACCUGGCGCCAGAAUGGAUCUCCGGGCAGCCUAUCAGUGCCAAGGCGGAUGUCUACAGUUUCGGGAUGGUGCUCUUCGAGCUCAUAUCUGGACGACGAAACUCUGAGGGGUACAGUGAGGUGGAGGCGGCAGAGAGCGGGAAUAGUGAUUUGUGGACCUUCUUCCCGGUGUGGGCAGCCGGAAAGAUUGUUGAAGGGGAGGUGGACGUCGUGGCUGACCCGCGGCUGCAUGGCCAGGUGAGUCCUGAGGAGCUAGAGCGGGCGUGCAGGGUGGCGUGCUGGUGCAUCCAGGACGAGGAGGCGUCGCGGCCGACCAUGGCGCAGGUCGUGCAGGUGUUGGAGGGCAUGGUCCAUGUCCACGCGCCACCGGUGCCGCGAGUGCUACAGCACAUCGUCACAUGAGGUCACAUAAUUUACACGCCGCGGCCGCCCAAAUCUUUUGAUGAGUGAGUGAAUCGAUUUUAGAAGAGGACAAUUGUACGAGCGUACACGUCAUAUGUGCCGACUGAAAUUACUGGUUUCGUCGCCACAAAGACUUGUAGACACUUUGGGAACGUCGAUGGUGAUGCAGAGAAUUAUCGUGCCAUUCAA